GUCAAGUCUUCACUCAUUUGGUGCGCGUUUGAUGGCUAAUAUUUGGAAUAUGUGUCUGUGAUAAUACGAAUCCGAUUUCAUUGUGGGCUAAAAAGUCACGGCAAGAUGUCGUUGUUUGUGGACAAGGUGAUAACUCCCAAUGAGAGUGCCAUUCAAGUGGGCAUGGCAUGGCAUCCUCAGUUUGGCCUUUUGGCUCUUGGGAGUUACUCUGAAGACCAAGGCGGGGUGAUCACGAUAGUGGAUCAUACCGGAUUUGAGACCGAAAGUGGACGGAUCCCCCCUCACCCUACGGCCCAAUCUAGCUGCCUAAGUUGGCAUCCUCUCAAGAAAUUGUUGGUCAUUGGUUGGGACACCGGGGAACUUUAUAUCUAUGUUAACUCCCAAUGUCUCAAAGUGGACGCCCUCCAUAAUGGGCCUAUUCAUUUGGCUAAAUGGAGUAGCCAUGGCUCUAGUUUGAUAACAACGGACAAGAAUGGUUCCAUAAUUGGCUGGAAAUCAGAUGGCAAUGCGCACUUGGAAAUGCUUUUUCACCACGAGUUGAAGGAUGAGUUUACUGGCUUAAUAUUUUGUCCUUCACACGGCCAUGAUCAGGAUCUCAACGAAGGAGGCGUGGGAUUGAGCCUGACUGGAUUGGCAAGAGCUGCUGUGGCGGGAGAUGAGAAGGCUUUGGAUCUGUUUUCCUCUUGGAGACCGGACCUUUCAAGGCGUGCCCCGACCAAACCCAUCGAAAACCUAAAUGCCUACGCGGGAUCCGGCAAUGGUAUCAUCUACUCUCUGAACGAAAACGGAAGUUGCAUGGAAGUCCUACAAGCUGACGGAGCGGUGAAAGAGCUCUUGGUGAUGGGGUCAGUUCUGAUCAUCGUCACCGAGACCAUGGUCAUUGGUCAGUUUCAAAUUGAAAAAGAUGGCUCCGUUACGGAAUUAUCUCGAGUGAAGCUCAGCUCGAGAAUGAAGGAAAACCAGAUAUGUUGGGUAUCCUCCACUCAAUUGGCCAUCAGCAGUGGCGAGACGAGCUUGCGAGUAUGGAAUUUGAAAAGUGAUGACAAUUUUGUCGUCAGCUUUGAGCCCACAUCCAACGCUUCGGAGUUCAUCACUUGUUUGGAUUUUUGUCCAUCGAAGUCCAUUCUCAGCGCCGGAACCAGUGCCGGAAAUCUGAUCAUGUGGCAGCUUCAGUCCAAUACCUUCGGCGUGGUGGAGACUAAUUCUCGGAUGCUUCCCAUCUCGUAUAUUGGCAAUUCAAUCCGGUCAAUUCAAUGGGGUAUGAGUGGCGGGGGGAAAGUGUUGGCCUUGAGCACAAUUCGGCAAGUGUUCUUCCUCAAUGAGCAAGAUCGGGCCAUGGCCUUUUCUGGAGGGGUGUCGGCCGUUCAGAUCUCACCCACUGAUGUGGCUGUCAAUUUUCAUAAUCAAGAUGAUCCAGGCAAGCUCACAUCAAAUCACCCGAUCGAGAGAAUGUACUUGACAGAGGCCCAUAUUGUGCUUUAUGGUGGUGGCAAAAUCGUCACCUUCGAAAUCCAAAAGGACAUCAAGCAUAUGAUGUCUGUGGGGAAUUUCAAUGUUUUUUGCGACGAAAUUGCUGCCCACGAUCAAAGCAUAUUUACCUUAGAAACGGAUCGAGUUUUUGUCCGAAGUUUUCAAGGAACGAUCAAGCAAACGCUCAUCAUGACGGAGGAAGAGGGCACGGCCACCACCAUAAGUGUGUCCGGCAAAAAUCUUUUAGCUGGCACCAUCAAUGCAGUGGUCAAAAUCUGGGAUCUCAGCAAACGUGAGGCUCGGCUCCAUGCCCAUCCCAUACAACUGCGGGAGAAGAUUAGCGAUUUCACCCAUAUCAACGAAAUCAAACUGAGCUCCUCAGGCGCUUAUUUGAGCGUGUUUAGCGCCAAUAAUCAACGCUCGACUGAUUCCAAGUUGUUCGUCUUUGACAUCGAGGGUAAUUCUGUUCGACACUACAAUUUCAACUCCGGUCAGAACGAUGCGGAUGACAUUAGUGUCCCUCCAAAUUCGGCCUCUUCGUUUGACAGGGGAUCGGUGAUUUUGAAUGGCUCAAUUGAUAACCGAAACGAGAACAGUCAACCUUCCGCCCUGGCCUUGAGAAGCCAAGUCAAAGGCCGAGGGAUUGUGUCCCAUGCUUGGGAUGAGCGAGAGGAUCACUUCCUCGUCUGUCAAACCCGUCCUUUGUUGAGUGAGAAUGGUGAAGAUGAGGCUGACAAAUACGUCUCACUUUUCUUUCAUGAAGAGCAUGGACUCAUCGUCCAUGACAUCUUCGAAGCCGCUUCGGCCAGAUCCUCACAAUUAGUGGGAGUAGAUGUUCCAUUCGUAUACGUUUACAAUGAUCACAAAGUGCAAGAAAAAGAAAAAGGAAAGGAAAAGGACAAAGAUUCCAAAAAGUCAAGCGUGACCUCAAACGUAGUGGAGCAGGUACUCUUGAAAGAUUUUGAGGGUUUGGAUGCCAGCGAUAAGCCCACACGAGAUGCUGUAGUCAAGUUCUGUUUUAAUUUAAGCAUCGGAAAUAUGGAUGAAGCAUUUCGAGCCAUUAAGGUCAUCAACAACAAGAAGGUGUGGGGCAACCUGGCCCGGAUGUGCGUUAAAUCCCAAAGGCUGGACGUGGCCACCAUUUGCUUGGGCAAGAUGGAACAUUCCAUUGGAGCGCGAGCCAUGCGCAAGAUGAUUCAAUCCAAGAAAUCCUCGGACGUCAAAGUAGCUACAUUGGCUAUUUAUCUGAACAUGCCCGAAGAGGCUGAACGGAUCUUGUUCAGCAGCGAGCAGUAUGAGCUUCUCAAUAAGUUCUAUCAAGACUCGGGCAAGUGGCAAAAAGCUUUAGAGUUGGCCGACAACUACGAUCGCAUUCAUUUGAGAAAGACCUAUUACAACUAUGCCAAACACUUGGAAAGCAAACAUGACAUUGACGGUGCCAUAGCCUAUUAUGAAAAGUCAGGUACUUCCCGAUUUGAGGUGCCUCGGCUCCUAUUUGAGGAUUGGGCGGCCUUGGAAGCCUACGUGGAUAAGAGUGACGAUAAGGCUUUGAAGCGGUGGUUGGCUCAAUACCUGGAGAGCACCGGCGAAAUGGAGAUGGCCCUCCAGUUCUACGAAUUGGCAGAGGAUUACUUGUCAUUGGUAAGAGUGCACUGCUAUUGCGAAAAUUUGGAGAAAGCCUCGGAGAUUGCCAACUCAAGUGGAGACAGAGCGGCGUGCUAUCAUUUGGCUCGACAAUUUGAAAACAUGGAUGACAUCCAAUCUGCCAUACACUUCUUUACCAAAGCUCAGGCCUAUUCCAAUGCUAUUCGCAUCUGCAAAGAGCAAGGCUAUGAUGAUCACAUCUGGAAUCUAGCCCUGUUGGCUUCACCCAAUGAAAAGUUGGACGCUGCCAAGCACUUCGAGAAGUCCAACCGGCCCAUGUACGAUCGAGCAGUUAUCCUGUACGAAAAAGCUGGCUAUUUCGGCAAAGCUUUGGAUUUGGCAAUCCAAACUAAUCAGCACAAUACACUACAAGGCAUUACCAAGCAUCUAAGUCAACAUACUGACCCUUUGUUGCUCUCCAAGGCUGCCAAUUUCUUUUUGGAGAACAAGCAAUAUGACAAGGCGGUUGAUUUGUUCGUUGUCAGUCAUCAAGUUCAGCAAGCCCUGGAUCUCUGCCUCCAGUACAACAUCAACAUUACCAACGAAAUGGCCGAAAAAUUGGCUCAAACCACUGAAGGAGGAGAGGCCGAUCCGGCGGUGCUGAAUAAGUUAGCCGAGGUCUGUUACCGCCAAGGCAACUAUCAUUUGGCCACCAAGAAGUGGACUCAAGCCGGAAACCGCCUGCAAGCCAUGAAGGCGUUGCUUAAGUCUGGAGACACUGAGAAAAUCAUAUACUUCGCUAACGUGUCCCGAGACAGGGAUAUCUACAUUUUGGCGGGGAACUACCUGCAAACCCUGGAUUGGCGAAACAACGGCAACAUCAUGAAAAAUAUCAUUGCAUUCUACCAAAAGAGUAAGGCUUACGAUCUGUUAGGCUGGUUUUAUCAGGCUUGUGCCGAUGUCGAGAUUGACGAGUAUCAGAACUACGAAAAGGCCUUGGGAGCUCUGUCCGAAUGUGUGGCUAGCCUACAAAAGCACGGAAGCUCAAUGGAGUUGGCAGACAAAACCACGGCCGUGUUACGAAACAUGGAGCUGAUCCAAAAAUUUGUCGAUUGUCAACAACAUUACCCUGAUCACCCAACGGAAGCCAUGCAAGUUUGUCGAGAUCUUUUACAAGAAGAGGAAAUCAAUGCGGCUGUUCGAAAAGGAGAUAUUUACGGAUUCAUGAUCGAACACUUUGCUAAAACUCAAGACUAUCGUAGUGCACAACAAAUGAUUGAAGAGCUGAGGCGGAGCAUUCCCAAUGUCAACCUGGCCUACUACGUGAAUAGCGACGUUUUAUUGACCAUUGAAAAAUCGCUUGGAGUGUCAUUAUUACCAGACUCGGCCUCCACCAAACGUGGAGCCAAUUCCAAUGCAAAUUACGUUGAAGAUGGAAAUGAGGAUGGAUACCAGGAUGGCGGGGACUCAGUUCUUUCUGAUUGAUUCAACAAUUCAAAUAUAAUUUCGGAUAAUAAAAUCAAGCCUGUUCUGUCAAAUCCAAAAGAAUAUAUAGUUGUUUGAAUGGUUUCA